CAAACCUAGCCAGAGAUUGAACUUGAGUAGCGCUGCUUUGUCGCCAUACAAUCCGUGUGUGCGAGCAGGGAGUCAGGGAGUUUUUCAGACCUUGGACUGUGUUAAAAGAGAAACAAGAAGCACAGACUGUCCUUGUAUUAACGUUCAGAACUUUGGGAUUUGUUGUUGGAGAUGUUGAACCGAGUUCUAGUCCACAAGAAGGAGGACUUCCAGGCUCCAGAUUAACCAAGCCGUCCAUCACCUACCUACCUCUUUAUUUACAGUCAAACCCCAGUUUACAAACACGUUUAAAUGGCGUUUUUAAUGAAGAAGAAGAAGUUCAAGUUCCAGGUCCAUUUCACUCUAGAAGAGCUGACGGCUGUGCCGUUCAUCAACGGGAUGCUCUUCUGCAAAAUCCGGCUUUUAGAUGGAGGAGACUUUGUCAUCUCUUCGUCUAGGCAAGAGGUGCAGGAGAACUGUGUUCGCUGGCAUAAGAAGUUCUCCUUCGUGUGUAAGAUGAGUGCUAAUCCUACGACAGGGGUGUUGGACCCCUGCAUCUGCCGAGUGUCGGUGCGAAAAGAACUGAAGGGUGGAAAGUCUUUCUCAAAGCUGGGCUUUGCUGACCUCAACAUGGCGGAGUUUGCCGGUUCAGGCUCCACCGUGCGCUGCUGUAUACUGGAGGGCUACGACACCAAGAACACUCGGCAGGACAACUCCAUUCUGAAGGUUACUAUUGAGAUGACUCUACUCUCCGGGGACCCUUGCUUUAAAACGCCCCCAAGUACAGCUAAGAACACAGGCCUCGCUGGUCAAGACCCAUCUCUACAGCUGGACUGUAAGGGAGGGGGCACUGGCAACAGCCUGACACCACCAACAGGCAUCAGCCCGGGAAUCAGCAGCACCAGCCGUACACUCAAACCCAGAACCUGUAUGCCGAGCUCUGGUCUACCAGAGGGGGUAGAUGAGAACCUCUCAAGCCCAGAAGAGGUGUUCCACACAGGCCAUUCAAGGAAUUCCAGCUAUGCCAGUCAACAGAGUAAAGUUUCAGGCUACAGCACAGAGCAUUCAGGCUCGUCCAGCCUGACAGACCUGAGCCAUCACCGGAGGAACACAUCCACCAGCAGCAGCAACGCUUCAGCAGGGACGACCACAGCAACCGAGAGUUUAGCAGAACCGGACAAAGAGCCGGCAAAAUCCGAGAAGCCUCCUCGCCCACCAAGACCUCCAAUCCCUCACCGAUUUUCUAGGAGAAAGAAGGACUCUGUGGAGAACCACCCGACCUGGGUGGACGACACGCGCAUCGACGCUGAUGACGUUGUGGAGAAGAUUGUCCAGAGUCAGGACUUUGCUGAUGUCAGCAACAAUGAGGAUAGCAAUUUGCAGCUGUUUGUCAGUCGGGACGGUACCACUGCUCUUAGCGGCAUCCAGCUGGGCAACAGGGUGUCAGCAGGUGUGUUUGAGCCUGUCGUCAUUGAGAGUCAUUAGUGGAAUCGAUCACACUCCUCCUGAAAUACAAAAGACGGCCAAAAUAAGUGCGGACGAACAAGACAAGUCCAGCAUCGCACUAACAAGAUGUUUUGUUAUUUGCAGUCUUUUUAUUGUCUUCACUGAUCAGUUUAUUCACACGUUAUGAUUAUGAUGAACACCAGAAAUCCUGCAUUGUAAUAUACGCAGAUGGUGGUGGGUAAUUUGUUGUUAUUAUUAUCAUUAUUAUUAUUAUUAGCCACGCGAUCAAAACGAUGUGUUACUGACACCGUAUUUGCAAGUAAACAAGCUACUUGAAAUACCCGAAGUAGUCGAACACUGUGAAAACUGUCUUUGAUCUAGGAAACAUCGUAUUUAUGGCCUAAACGGCAGCCUUUAGGAUUUUUAAAGACAAAUACGAUUCAAAUAAUGCUCAGCCUUUCAGAUAUUAUUUAAUGGUUCUGAUCUGUGAUAUUUUUUAUUUAAUUUUUUUUUUUUUUUUUUUUUUUUUUUUUUUUUUUAAAAACCAUAUUGUUUAUCUGAACAUUUGUUUUGCCUGCGUUCGCUACAGACCACUAAUCACUCCGUUUUAGUUAACCACUAUCUUUUCCCUGCAUUGGGAACAAGCUUGGAGGAAAAUUCCAGUUUUUGAUGUUUAGCGGUGCUUUAAAACUCAUUUUGUAGAUUGCACCCUAACUAAGACACAUUAUACAUUAUUCCAGCUGAUAUAAAACCCUUUAGUUUUUUACAUGAUUUAGGAUUUUUGUCUUCAGUUUAAAAAUUGUUCAACAUCCUUACAGCAGCCUUCGUGGGUGGUUUUUUUUUUUGAUGCAGUAUUUUUCUUGAAGAAUUUCAAGAAAAUCCUCCAAAUUGUUUUACACCACUGCAGUGUAUGCAUCAAAAAUAUUUUUGCUAUUAGUUAUAAUUUUCAAACCAUAUGACACAAAGAUGAAUAGACACAUAGAGCUGUAUGGCUGGCCAUGGCGACACAUAUCAUAUUCGGGUUAACAAGCUUCUAGCCAUUCCUUCAUAGAUUCCAGCCUUCUGACAUGUGUGUGUGUGUGUGUGUGUGUGUGUGUGUGUGUGUGUGUGUUGGGGUAUUAGAUCUUUCCUUCUUGUGACUCAUAUGUUCUCCAGCUGGAUUGGGGAAUCCCAUUACAAGUCAGAUUUCAAAUCUGUAACCUCCCCCAACCCCCCCAUCCGAGCGUCCGCACUCGUCCCGCCUUUCUUCACUUUGAUCAUGUUUGUGCUGCAGGAUUCAGCCAUGCAUACGAGUGUUAAUCAAGUGUUAGGUCUGUACUGCAGCGCAGUGCACCCCAUGUCCUCGCGUGGACUUUUCUGCUCCAUUUUGAACACAGAAUGUGCUGGUCACGCUGCAGAAGAAUGCGUUCGGAGCAGAAACCCGUGAGCUCACAGGCAGCAUAACUGAACGCGCUCGAGCGGGCGGACGGUGGAGGUGACGGCUUGAAGAGGAAAAAAAGGCUUUGAUUAAAUGAUUCACAAUCACGCUACUAAACUUGGCAACGGCCUGCAUGUCUCCCAAUGCACCUGGUGUGCGUCCAGAGACACAGGAUCCUCCCUCCCCUUGUGUGUGUGUGUGUGUGUGUGUGUGUGUGUGUGUGUGUGGUUCAGUGUUGUAAUACAUUGUGUACUGUUUUGUAUUCAGUCUGUAUGAGCUAACCAUGAGAAUGGUCAUAAAGAAAAAUUGUCUCAGUUGAUCUGAGCAGAAAUCUUUGCACAUUUUUGGCUCCCAUAUCUUUACAAAUAAAAGUGCAAUGUGGGGAUGAUUCGGGGACGAACUUUUACUUUGAUUUAACGUGAUUUCAAACCGGAGUGAAAUUUGACAAAUAUACAGCGUAUUUGCUUGGGAUUCACGUUAGGACUUAGAUACAUUUAAAGAUUUUUUUUUUCCUUCUCAUCGAACCCUCCUCUCACAUAAGCUCUUUUGUUUAAGAAUCUCACAGUGUUCUCUCAGGUUCUUUGUUAUACUUUUUAAAGAACCUGUUGAUCGAUAGAAAGGGUCUGGAUGAUUUUACGGUUUUGUGUGGUUCCGAAGAAUUUAGAAUCACAGGGUGAAAUUUUGUAAAGGAAAUGAAAAGAAAACGGUUCUUUUUACAAAAUAUUCUUGUUCUCCAGAAUAAGAAAUCGGAUCGUGUCGUUUCUUUUUGAAUACAUGACCCACCAAAUUCAAUGCAGCUGAUUAUUUUGAGUCGGAGCUGAACAUUUUAACAUCAGAAUACCAUCGAUAUCAUCAUAUAACAUACGAACCUGAACAAACAGAGAUUCUACUCUUCUGCUAUAACAUGUAAACAGUUAGAUAAGUGCAUUUGUCCGGGAUGCUUCAUUUAAUUUAAGGAAACUUGUUUUCCGAACUAUAUUUAAUCUAACCCUGACUCUGGUCACACACUUUCCGGUUCCUCUAUCUAUUCGCAAUCAGUUGGUCACUUUUUUUUGGUGCCAAUUCUGCUCUCAUAGCUCAUCAGCCACAUGCUAAUGCAAAUACUGUGUUAUCUUUUUGAUUUUUCCAAACCAGCCGGCUGGUUUAUUAUUUUUUUUUCUUCUUCUUAGUGAUUAAUGAGUAUUGUGGCAGCAUGAGAUGAUCGAUGUACACACGACUUAAGAGGCUAUACCUGCUUGCUCUUUCUUUCUACUUUAACAACAGCCUCGUGCCAUGCCGUCGUUCGGUCGUAAUAGACUGUGAUGAUUUUUUUUUUUUAGUAUUUUUUUUUUAAUUAUUACUUUUUUUAAUCACAAACAUUGUUGUCAUUUGCUAUGUGAGUACAUUAUUGGGAUGUAUGAGGGGCAAAAAGGAUUUCCUGCACCACAGUGUUUGUGUAAUUUGCUGUUGUGAGUUCUAAAUACGACGUUAUGCUUGAAAUGUAAAAGUAAUCGGCUCAUCGUGAUGCAAACCUCCCACACUCUGAUUUACAGGCUGUUUUUGAGACUGUAAAUGGUUUGCAGGUAAAAUGUGGCAUGUGUAGAACCUGUUUUACGUGAAUCAUUCUGUUUUGGGUAUUAAUUAUUAAAUGAAACAAUAAACUACACUGUGAUGUUUUAGGGACGACACACACCACAACGGCACUUAAAAAUAUUAACUUUCAUGUAACAACGUGUACAACUUUUCGUCCAUAUCUAAUAAUUCCUUGUCUCUAUUUUGUAAAUGGUUUUAAAGCUAUGCACUUGGCUCAGUUCAGCCAGAAAGAUUCCUUUAAAGUGGUUCAUUUUCACCACUAUAUUCAAUACAGUUAUCAAAUUUUCACUAUAUAUUGGGAAACUUAAGAUGUCUAUAAAGAGAGUCAAUACAUUAUAUUUAACUCUACCACAAAUUAUUUUCUGAUUAUAUUAAAUAUAGAGUUAUGGAUGAACACGUAUAUUUUUUCCGAUCACACAAAUAUUGUUUCCAAAGUUUUCUUGACCUCAUAUUGUAUUAUUUCAUGUAUUAUUGUCUCAUGAUGGAUCUAAACUGUAUUUCUACACUCAAAUAUGAAUGUUUCGUAAUCUGUCAUGUAAAUUUGUUUAUGGAUGCUUAUUAAUGGACUAUUUGGGAGGAAAUAAAGGAAAAGUUGGGCAUCGUAUAAUAA